AGUAAACUACCCACCAUAGAGUUUGUGCAAGUGGAAAAAAAAAACUAGAAAAACUGCUUGACCUGUAAGUUGUUCUGGAGGAGGUGUCUGUUAACAAGCCAAGUGGCAUUCUUUGUACAAACACUGACCUGCUCAAAGCCACAGCAGCAACUGGCUGUAACACAACAUUCUGAUAUAGAAUAGUGAACAGUAUCAUAUUUGUUAGGUUUUUUUAUACUUAUUGUUUACCAUCGCCACGACCAAAAACAGACUCGUCAUCAUGAGAAGGGCUUCAACGCUGACUUUUAUUUCAGUGUUUUGCUCCUUCGCACUGGGAUCUUCCGACUUUCAUCUCAUUAAUCUUAAAAAGUCCUAUGAAGAAGCAAAGAGUUAUUGUAGAGAGAGAAACACAGACUUAGCAACAAUUCACAACUCAACAGAUAUGAACAGUCUGAUCAGUUUAGUUUCAAAUUCGACUCCUAGAGCCUGGAUAGGACUGGAGAUUGGACAUGUUAGGAAGUGGCACUGGUCUCGGCCUAAUCAAAAAACUGACUUUUUAAACUGGAAAGUGGGAGAACCAAAGGACAAAGCUGAGGAUGCAUGCGCAGCAAUGGAUCCAGAUGGCAAGUGGUUUGAAGAUGACUGUGGAACUAGAAGAAGCUUUGUUUGUCAUGGUGGUGCCAGCGGUCCAAUCUUUGUUGCCGAGACAAAAUCAUGGAGGGACGCGCAGAGUCACUGCAGGGGCUUGUCAUCUGAUCUGGUUAGCAUACAAUCAGCAGAAGAGAAUAGGGCAGUGCAUAAUGUGUCUGCAUCGCAAAAUGUGUCAAUAGGCCUCUUCAAAGACCCUUGGAAAUGGUCGGAUGGGAGUAACUCAUCAUUCCGCUUCUGGAGACGCAAUCAGCCCAAUUACAACGAGGGUCAGGAUUGUGUUGUUGCUGUAUUUACAGCUGAAGGCCGGUGGAAUGAUGUGAAAUGCAGUGGAAAACGCAAUUUCAUUUGUCGUGGGGCACUGAAAUCAAUCCCAGCAGCAACCACCACUCAAAACAGUACACAGGGGCCCAGUACAACAAAUCAACAGCCAACAAAUUCGAGUCAAGGAGUCACGGUAACAUUUAAUUUCACCGUUACCACUAACAAUCAAUUGAACACUACUGAUGUUACGACCACAGCUUCAACCACUGCCAGUGUAUCGACAACACUAAACACCACAGAAUCAGUGUCGCAUGGCUCAGGCACUGAGCUCAACACCGCAACUACAGAAACAACAGCACAGCCACCCCCAGAGACUACUGUGAAUGCAACCACAUUAGCAGCACCGAAUGGAACAUCAGCCCAGAACACAACACAGUCCUCAACUCCAAGUUUGCAUCCGGAAACCCUGAUACUAAUCCAGGAAAACAUGACCUGGCUUGAAGCCAUGAGUUACUGCAGAGAGCAUCAUAUUGACCUGGUCCAUAUCACCACCGAAGACAUUCAGCACAAAGUGGAAGAAAAGGCAAAGAACGCCACAACAGGCCACGUUUGGUUGGGUCUACGCUACACUUGUAACUUUAAAUUUUGGUUCUGGACCAAGUCGACUUUGGGCUGUUACCAGAACUGGGUAGAAGGAGAGGGACCAAAUGUGGAAUAUGAAUGUGGUGUCAGUGGCGCCAUUGAGGCCACUGGGAGGCAGCAGUGGGUAGGCUUGAAUGAGGCAGAAAAACUGAACUUCAUCUGCUACACAUGUGCUGGAUAAGAAUGGCAGGCCAGUGACACUUGAGAUGACAAAGACAUUGGAAGGUUUCAUCGUGUGUGUGAAAACAUAAUGUAAAAAAUUAAGUAUGUGUAUUUGUAGUGCUUGAUCCAACAUGCAGAAGCCAUGUUUUUUGUCAUUUCUAACAUCAAACCAGUUAAGUUUCAUUAACAUCAUGGUUGUUUUCACGCUAACGCAUGGCAUCAUAUUUCUUCCUUUGUUGGAAUACAGCUGCCUUCUCUAUUGUCGAGACUGAAUUUCAUUGAGUAUGAAAACAUUAUGUGGCGUGUAGGCGUGCACAUUCACAGACAUGGGAAGCGAGAGUAAUGUGAGAAAAUUGAUCUGCUCUGUGCUUUUCACUCGGGGGUUACUAUUUGCAUAUUGACCCCCUGGACUCAGGGCCCCCAAGAUUGUCCUUUUUUUAGACCACCGUGCCCGGUUCGGGCCCCAGUGCAGACUGCCUGCUGCCCCCGCUGACCUGACCUUCACUAGCAGCCACAGACACAGCUAACAGACCCUCACCUUCCUGUCUGCACACUUGAGGUGCAUGGAGCAUCUAAAAGCCAUUAGAGAGAAGACAUUAUGAAGCAUUUUUAAUAUUGGAAACUGUAUCUAUACAACAAUCUGUCAAGUAUUUGUCUCAAUAAGUUGUUUCAAGUAAUAAUUACUGACAUUUUAUCAGAGCUUGUAUAUGUCUGCUGGUUUUACUUUCAUCACAAUACAUUUUUCAGAACUUUUUUAAAUAAAAUAAUUCCUCCAUA